AUGGCGUACCAGGAGGCGACCAACAAACGUCCACCAGUGUACGCUCCGUACCAGUCGACGCUGGAUGACGACGAUCUAAAGGUGGCCAAGCGGGAGCUGCACGAGACAGACGACACGCGCGAGCCAUCGAUAGCGCAGAUUCGCGAAUUUAUCGCCAAACACCCGCAGAUCGUCCGAUGUCGCACCGAUCCGGUUUAUCUACUGCGUUUUCUGCGCUACAAAAAGUUCAAUGUCACCGAAGCUUGCGCAAUGCUCGACAGUACGCUGGUCUUCUUCAUGCGCAUGCGCGCACUGUACGGCGAAGAAAUUGACAGCUUCCACCCGAACGUGCAGGGCAUGGUGGAUCUGGGUGUCAUGGUGCCGCUGGGAUACGACCGUAACAAGCGCAUGGUGAUCCUGAACCGGGUCGGUGCGUAUCCGAAAACGACCAGUGCGCUGAUGCAGAUGAGGCUGGGUGCGUUGGUGAUUAGCACCUGCCUGGAGUACGAGCAGACGCAGGUGUACGGCAGCGUUUGGAUCAUGGACUUCUCCGGCAUGACCAUGAGCCACGUGGCAAUGUGGGGUCUCACUGAGCUGAAGAUGCUGGCCGACUCGGUGAACGACAUCGUGACGCUGAUGGUAAAAGAAAUUCACAUGGUGCUGGUACCGAAGAUGACCUGGAUGCUGAUCGACAUGGUACUCCCGCUACUCAGUCCUAAAAUACGGAAUCGGUUUAAGUUCCACCGGACGCUCGGCGAUCUUUGCAGCGCCGUAGAUCCAUCGAUUCUACCCUCCGAGUACGGUGGCGAACGUCCUUUGGAGAAAGCUAACGACGAUUUUCGUGCCAUGUUCGAUGAACAAAGAAAGUGGUUCAUGUUGGAGGAACAUUUCUUCAUGGACCUCACGAUACCAGCUCCCGGCAGCAGCGGCACAGCGACCGCCCGCCGGAACGACUUUCGGGACGAGGAAUCGAUGGUCGGUAGUUUUCGAAAACUGACGGUGGACUGA